UUCUGCAAACGGAAGGGGAUGAACAGGAAGCGCAAGGGCUGCGCACACAGAGGGGGAAACUGCUGGCAGUGUUGAUUUUGCUAAAUGUAUUUAUUCACCCCGUCUCCUUUCCGCCUGUGUUAAGGAUUUUUGUUAUCUAUGUAAAUGUCCCUUUAGUUUAUUGGCGCCACCGUCAGUACUUCCUCUACAGUAAGCAUAUUAUCAAACUAGUGACUCUUGACUGUCUCCAGCCUGCCACAGAACUUCCCGUCACUGAGAAGAACGCAGACGGAAAGAGCGAGCAGCUGAAAAUGAAACAUAGGGGUUGUCAAUGAUAAUACAGUUCAAUCUACACGGAGACCAGAAUAGACAAGUCGAUAUCACUGUCCUCUUUCAGUCGACUAGACGGGUCUCGACUGGCUUGCUUACCAACCUGCGUUGUAUUCCUUGUUGAAUACCCAGCUGCAGCUUGCCCAACUGUCGCCGAGACUCGAGCCAACCACUGGUGGGGGGUUUAAUGGGAGCCUUGUUUCGAUAGAACUCUCUUCUCCACUCCCCGACGGACCCUCGCUCGAAUCAGACUCGGGCGCUGUCUUCCCCGGUGGGUGCCGGUUUUUGCUCAGUCUGACUGGGGAAGGAGGGCGAUCCCCCCAGCCUUGACUGUCGCUCUGGCCGACCCUAGUGGAGCCUAAUAUGGCAGGAAAUCUGAAGAAAGGCGGAGGACUGAUCGGGAUGAUGAAGGACGCGUUUCAGCCCCAUCACCACCUCCAUUCCAAUCACCAACCAGGGGCCGUGGACAAAAAGACGGUGGAGAAAUGUUGGAAACUAAUGGACAAGGUGGUGCGACUGUGCCAGAACCCCAAGCUGGCCCUGAAGAACAGCCCACCUUACAUCCUGGACCUGCUGCCAGACACCUACCAGCACCUCCGCACCAUCCUGUCCCGCUACGAGGGCAAGAUGGAGGCGCUGGGCGACAACGAGUAUUUCCGCGUCUUCAUGGAGAACCUGACCAAGAAGACCAAGCAGACCAUCAGCCUGUUCAAGGAAGGCAAGGAGCGCAUGUACGAGGAGAACUCGCAGCCCAGACGGAACCUGACCAAGUUGUCUCUGAUCUUCAGUCACAUGCUGGCCGAGCUCAAAGCCAUCUUCCCCAAUGGCCUGUUCCAGGGGGAUAACUUCAGAAUCACCAAGGCUGACGCCGCCGAGUUCUGGAGAAGAUCGUUUGGGGACAAGACUAUAGUGCCUUGGAAGGUGUUCCGGCAGGCACUGCACGAGUUCCACCCAAUCAGCUCGGGCCUGGAAGCCAUGGCCCUCAAGUCCACCAUCGACCUCGCCUGCAACGACUACAUCUCAGUCUUCGAGUUUGACAUCUUCACCAGGCUCUUCCAGCCUUGGUCGUCUCUGCUGAGGAACUGGAAUAGCCUAGCGGUGACUCACCCUGGCUACAUGGCCUUCCUCACCUACGAUGAGGUCAAGGCCCGGCUGCAGAAGUUCAUCCACAAGCCUGGCAGCUACAUCUUCAGGCUGAGCUGCACGCGGCUGGGCCAGUGGGCCAUCGGCUACGUCACUGCAGAUGGGAACAUCCUGCAGACCAUCCCCCACAACAAGCCCCUCUUCCAGGCCCUCAUCGACGGCUUCCGGGAAGGAUUCUACCUGUUCCCUGACGGGCGCAGCCAGAACCCAGACCUCACAGGACUGUGUGAACCCUCGCCACAAGACCAUAUCAAAGUCACACAGGAGCAAUAUGAGCUGUACUGUGAGAUGGGCUCCACCUUCCAGCUGUGUAAGAUCUGUGCGGAGAACGACAAGGACGUGAAGAUCGAGCCCUGUGGUCACCUCAUGUGUACCUCCUGUCUCACCGCCUGGCAGGAGUCGGAGGGUCAGGGCUGCCCGUUCUGCCGCUGUGAGAUCAAGGGCACGGAGCCCAUCGUGGUUGACCCCUUUGACCCCAAGGACCCCAUAGGGGGCUCCUACGGGGGCUGCAGGGGCAUGUUCGGGGCGGAGGGCGCCCCGUCGCCCAGCUACGACGAUGACGAAGAUGACCGGCUGGAAGACCCCCACCUCAUGAUGAGCAAGCUGGCCUGUUCCAAGGUGGAGCGGCCCCCCUCGCCCAUGUCCCUGGCGCCCCAGUCCUCCCUGCCCCCCGUGCCCCCCCGCCUUGACCUCCUGCAUCACCGACCGCCCAACCCCCCAGGAGCAUCCAGCCCAGGGGCCACAUCCAAGGCAUCCUCCCACCACAAGGACAAGCCUCUCCCCCUGCCCCCAGCCCUGAGGAACCUGCCGCCCCCUCCUCCCCCAGACAGACCUCUCUCUGCCGGGCCUGACGGGUGGCUCGGCAGACGGCCACUACCCUGCACCCCCCUGGGGGAGCUCAAGCUUCCCCCUGCCCCGCCCAACCGCAACCUGGCCGACUGGAACCCCAGGCCAGUGCCCAAGGCCCCCGGACAGCCACCCGGUGUGGGAGACACGCGGGGGGUCCGGGAGCUCUCCAACAGACACUCCCUCCCCCUGGCCCUACCCUCAGCCCUAGACGGAUGCACGGACGGACAGAAGAACAACAGCUCGCUCAGUCUGGACCAUCAGCUGGUGAAGGGAGUCCAGAGUUUUGCAGGCACGGCAUCUGGCAGUCAGGAGUACGACAACCCCAAAGUGAAGCCUUCUGCCUCGGCCAAUGCCAUCUACGCUCUGGCAACAAGACCCCAUCCAGGUCUGAAGCCUGUGGCUGGGGAGGAGGCCUAUGAGAGUGACGAGGAGUCCGACUACAUGAUCCCCACGUCUCGGCCCGUCCUGGCCCCCAUCGCAGCCCCCCUUGUGGUGGCAGAGACCCCAGUCCCCAAACCCCCCCAGGCCAGCUCUCUUAACUCAUGGCCCAUGCUGAAUGACCUGGAUGAAGGACCUCAAAUGUAUAACGCCCAGGCCCUCACAGCCUCCCUGCCUCACCUGGCCAGAGACUCUGAUUGCUCUGAGCUGCCCCCCCUGGCCAGUACCAAUGGCCCCAUCUGGGAGUCCCCCUGCCCGGUCCGGGAGCCCCCCGAGGAGGUAGAGGAGGAGAAUGGCUACGACAUCCCUAAACCAGUGUUUGCCGUGGCCCGACGCACCCUCUCCGAGCUGGGGGCCGCCGCCUUCAGCCGUCUCUCCAUGGACAGCGAGCCCGGAGCGUCCACCUCCUUCUCAGAGUCCAGCGACGCCCCAGAGCGGCCUCCCAAGCCCCUCCCCCGCCGCAUCAACUCAGAGCGCCGGCCCAGCCCCAUACCUCCUGGAUUAGGCACUGGAGGAGGAAAAGGAGGUGGAGGAGUAGCCAACCCCCAGAUUACCAGCGAGAUCGAGCAUCUCAUGAGCCAGGGCUACACAUACCAGGACAUCCAGAAAGCCCUGAUGAUUGCACAGAACAAUAUGGAGAUGGCCAAGAAUAUCCUGCGCGAGUUUGUCUCCAUUCCCUCCACGGCGCACAUUCUUACAUAGUACCUCCUCUGCUCCAGCUCAGCCCAAAGCCCAUCGCCUACGGUACUAGCGCUUCAGUGCUAACUGGAGCCCCUGCAGUCUCAUCUCCAGCACCCUCUCAAAGCUAGCUCACUGCUAACUGUGUGUGACUCCGAGCCCUGCACUCCACGCGUGUCCGGACGCCUUUUGUAAUGUGCUGCAGGGCCGCUCUUCAUAUCCCAUGGGGUGAAGUGGUGAUGAAGGCUCAUCCCGCAACCGAAGCUUCGACGGUCUUUCUCAGUCGUUUUCGUGUCCUCUCGAGGCCUCUCUACCGAAAUGUAAUCGACACCUCGCAAAAAAAAAAAACAUGUACGUGUGUCUAUAUAAGAAUUUAAUAUAUAACAAAAUAUAUAUUAAAUGUGUAUAAUGUAUACAUAUAUAUAUUUCCAAUGAGUUCCGCUUCGAAGGUCAUUUUUUUCCUUCAUGUUAAGGAUAGAUUGCAGAGGACAAAGAUAGUGGUUCUUUGAGACUGCUCUGAGGGAGAGAGCACCCUUCUAUAGUCCCCAGCCCUCUGAGUAGAGAGACGGAUUUGGUUUAGCAUUCAGAAGCAGGCGUUUCCUAGACUCACAGCAGAACAUUUGGCAACAUGUCAAAAAUGGCCUUUAAUGAUAUUGCUUCGAUACCUUUUGGGGAAAUUAAUCUGUGUGUUGUUGUUUGCCUCACAGUAGCAUGAUGUUAGUGUUAAAGGUCUGGACUGUCGUCUCCAGUUAUGUGGGGGGGGGGUUGUUUUCAAGUGAUCUACAGCUAUGGGAAAGGUUAACCCACAGGGUAUGUGUCUUUGUCUGGGAAGUGUGUUAGGUGUGUCUGACCAUUAACUUGGCUAGUAGGGUAGGGACGCGUGAUGGCUGACCUAGCUCACGAUUGACAAUUUCACUUAACCCCAGUGAAAAGCAAAGCUGUGUUUGACUGUGUUAUUAGCUAUAUGCAUCAUUUUCUACUGUGGGUAGUAUUAUUUCCUACAUCUAACCACCCCUAAUCACCUUGUCAGUGAUUUUGAUGACAAAACUGGGACUGGGAAGCCUGUGUUUAGUUUUUUCAGUAAGACGGUUUUUAGAGGCAGUCCUGGAUCCACUGUUAAGCCAUGCAAAUGUGUGAUACGAACUUCGAAUGACUUUGUCUGUGUUAGCACAGUGGGGGGGGGGGGGUUCUCUCUCUCUCUCUCUCCCAUUCUGUCAGAUCUAAUCAAUCGAAGCCAUCUGGGAGGUCCCGAUUGGACAAUGACCCAAUCCCUCUACUAUUCCUGUGCAAAAUGAAUGUGGAAUGAAUCGUUCUUCCUUAAAUGUAGUGCUCUUUCUAAACACACUUCUCUCUACCAAUCGUCUGAAUGGGAGGGGCAAAGUGUACUGAAAUCUAAUGGUGAGAGAAAAAGGAUUGACAGAUUCUAUUAAAGGCCCAGUCCCGGGCCAAGAUUUGAUGAUGCAUUGAAAACAGCUCAGACAUGAGGAGAGCUUCGUCCGAGACGUAUACCGAAGCUGUUCAGCAUUGUGGGGAAAAAAUGUGUUGUCCGUUACUUUAAUAAUAUAUUAUUAUUAUAAUGAUCGUUAUUGUUAUUAUUAAUUCAGAAGUGCUUUACUGCUGCUACUAUUGUUAGUGCUAUACAAUUAAGCCUUAAAUGUACAUUUGUGAAUAUUGUUGUUUAACCUCUCUUUUUUAAAGUGACAGUAUCUAAUUUGUAAUCUUUAUUUGGUGAUGUAGCAUACUUGAAAUUGCAAGCAGCUUGGGUUGUGCAAAUCAAGCUGACUUCAGUUGGUUUCCCAUCUUUAGGAUAGUGUUGGACUGGAUAGCCUUUAGAGGAAUUAAGAUGACAUCAUAAAUGGCACUGUCAGCAUAUUGACCUAAGUGGUAGCAUCGGCAAAACGAACAAUGUGAUUGAUGAAAAGGAACAGUGUCAUAACUCAAUCAGACGUCCACUUUAAAGGGGAGUACAUCUAAUCUAGAUGAAAUUGGGAGUUGUGCGAGCGUUGUCAUUAAGGAUCAGCUUAAUUGCACAGCUGCAAAAAGCCCAGUAGCUUAGUGAACAAGGACAUGUUGAGACGCACGCCCAAAAUGUUGACGAGUUGCAGCCCAUAAAGGAACGGGAAAGAAAGUUGCACAUUCUAUACAACUCUUAUUUAUUUUCGUAAACCCUUUCGGUCACACAGUGACAGGGUUAUAAAGAGUGUAUUACUUCAUUUCUCCUAUAGAGAUAUUACAACCAUUGUUUGGGUCAACGCAACAGCAGGGUUUGUGGACCAGUUGGGAAAGUGGACAUUUUGUUCUAUGUUUUCGAUUGUUAAACACUUCCUGGUUGAAAGAGGACAAACACAUCUUCAUCUGUAACUAGGGUUGCAGAAUUCCUGAAAUGUUCCCAAAAUUCCCAGGUUUCCCAGAAAUCCCAGUUGGAGGAUUCCUAAGUUUUAGGAUUCCCUCCCUGCUUAUUACCUCCUGAUUCCAGGACAACCUGGGAAUUGUGGGAAUAUUUCUUGAAUUUUGCAAUCCGAUCUGUAACUCAGGAAUACCAUUUGUACAAGACAAGUGACUUUUCACAUGGACUGUUCCGACUAGUCUUGACUCAAUAAUGAGUUGACAACACAUUGUUAAACUAACCAAUGCACUCAUUGAAUACAGUAGGUGCAUCAUGUUCCUGUGUGUCUAAAUGAUAGGUCUUCAUUCACUUUUGAGUUUUCCGAUUCAGUGGUUAUAGGGCCUUCAGAGUUUCAACGCAGUCGACAAACUUCUAUUUUUGGGGAGGCCAUACCGAUGAAUAUUCGAAAUCCACACGUAUUGAAUUGACAAAAGUAGCCUAUUAAUAAUUGUCAUUAUAAAGUGCACACCAUCUUGUGCUGACUGCUAUUACAUUGUUGGUUAAAAUGUAAAAAUUGCACUGGCUCAAAUCCCCAGACUUUUCUCUCCAGGACAGGUACUAUUGAGGUACAUUGGCUUCACCCCUAAAGGUAGAGAAGCUCAUUUAAUGGGAUUGCCGCCAGGGCUGUAGAAUCAUCGUAUAGGCUAGCUUCUCAACUGUAUCUCACAGUCUCCAGACUGGAAGAGGUUUGUGGUGUCCUUAGUUUAUUUUUCUUCUGUUAUUAGUUGCCUUGAGCAAAACGUUGACGUAACUUUUGAAUGCACCAUGUUCAAUAGGGAUUGUGAGGUUUCAGAACAGAAUCGCUUUUCCUUUCAUCUUGAUUACUGUACUGAUUCUUGUCUAUGUAUGAACAUGUAUGUAUGUAUGUAUGUAUGUACAGUGUCUUCAGAAAGUAUUCAUACCCCUUGACUUAUUCCAU